AUGCUCGCUACCGUUUGGUGCCUGUUCUGCUUCGUCUGUCUUGGCCUCGCCCAAAUACUGCCACCUGGCUACCAGACACAAGCAAAGCCCGGGCUCAGUAUCAUUCUCCUGAGCCGCCGAGUGUGCUCCGCAACAGAGGACCGCUGUAACUGGGAGCAACUCAUGACCUCCACGGAUGGCACUAGUCCGUUGUUCUGCGAAUUCAACACCGAAGGACCGGAGAGACAGGCAAUCGAGAACACAAAGGGCGCCGAGGUUGAUGUUCCGACGACGCCAUGUCACGAGGCGGACAAUUCAGAGAUUGUUCGCCUCUGGGGCGACCAAGACGCUAUCAAAACGAUCAUCGCCUGGGAUGCCAAUGGCAAACUGUCGUGGCGCGCCCUGGCCGAGGACGGCACCACGUGGCUGAACAUCACCAGGUUUAUGCCGGCAUCCGCGCUGGGCAGCGACGACAGCGAACAAAUCUUCCAGAGCCCACCUGAGCUGGUGCGUUCUGUGCCUCGCAGCAACGAGGAUAGCUUGGACGGCAAGAAGGGGCAGGACCCGGGCAAGAUGAGCUUUUUCGACAAGCCGUGCGAGGGGAGCAAUUGGGGCGUCUCGUGGGGCUACAAUGCUGAGGCGGAGGAGGAUGUGGCUACCAUGACCUUGACCAAUGAGAAACGGGAUAGGCGCGCCUUCUUCGGGUUCCGGUACAUCAAUGACAAUACCAGGCUUGGAGACAGGGGGCCGGAGAAGACAGAGAAGUACUGA